CAAUUCAUGUUUGCCGAAGGUGAAAUGAACAGUUGAUACGUGGCAAAUAUUUGUUUUGUGUGUAUAAAAAUGAGGAAACUAUGAAAGUAAUGUGUUGUUGGUGAUACGUGGUAAUAGUUGAAGAUUUAACUGUCUUCCAAAACAAUCGAGAUACAUUCCGCAGUACCCCUAACUGUAUGUAUACAUUUAUAUUGAGAUCUGUCUUGUAGACAUUGCUGGUCGUGGUCACAAACAAGAUAUACUUAAAGUCGCAUAAGUCCCAAAGUGUUAGAAAUGGCAUCAGCAAAAAAACCUAGUAUAAUUGCGGAGAUAGACAAUAACACACGGAAGGAACUGCAUGACGAAUUUAAUGUCUUAAUAUUGCAACUAUGGACGGAAAAUUACGAAGGGCUAGUCCUUUCAAAAUACGAGGAUUCUGACUACUAUACAACGCCACAAAUAGAAGAAAAUAAGGCUUCUGGAAUUGAUCUAGAUUAUUUGAAAAAUUUUCCAUUUGCCAAGUUGCUGAGAGAGAAACCAACAUACAUCUCAGCGGUGACCUUCCUUCGGUACAUUUUUGUUCUGUCAGCUGCUAGGGCUCCCACAAAGAUUGCUGUAUCCUUGAUGGGAGUCAUGAAAUCCAAAUUGAAUUCAAUGAGAAUAAUGAAUAAUCAGGCUAUUUAUGCCAAAGAUGCACUUAACGUUGCCUGUGGCUCUGUUUCCAAUGACUAUAAAAGAUUGACCAAUAAAAGUGAAGAGUUCAACUUGGAUGACAUUUUUGAAAAGUUCAGCUCUCUUGACAAGGCAGAAAUAGGAAUUGAGUUGAUCAGGAAUGGACUUUGGUACAAAAAAGAAUAUAAAGGAAAACGGAUGACCCUCAACUGUACAUCUGGUGUUUCAAUCUCUAUCUACUUCCCAACUCGAGAUGAUGACAAGGGCAAUGUAGCAUUCACACACGGCAGGGUUGCAGUAGCCACAGCUAGGGAAACUGCAGCCAUUUUGAUGGACAAAGAUGAUGUUCCAGCUUUGGGUUUAAACAUAGGAUGGCAGGCAAUGGCAACAGAAUCAUCAGUUAACAAAGUCAAUAGAGUCUUGAUUGAACACAAACUGCAGGGCAUUGAAAAGAGCUUCAUGUACAUGGUGUGUAUACCAAAAGUGAAGCCUCACAGUGUUCUUGGUCUGAAAAAAGGUGAAGCCCACAUCAUGAUGAUUUUCCACAUAAUGAACGACUCCUACAACAGUCUGAAGAGGAGGGACAACAAAAUAGAAGCCAGCUUCACUUCUGGAAUUUUUUCCAAAUUGGAAAACCUGGGCAUUGAAGUGCAAGUGACCAUCAUCAAAGCUCUGUUGUCAGUUGUAAUCCCUAUUUGCUUGAAGAACAUGCGGCACAAGGGUGAAGGGAGCAAAGAGGUUGUUUCAGUUAUUAAAUCCGUCAUGAGAUCAAUGGUGCAAUGGAACCAGAUGGAGGAGUCCACUGCCAUGGCCGUUGACAUGUCGGAACUGGUCAUUGGAGGGUAGAUCAAAAUAAGAAGAGAAGUUGUGUAAAUUUCAUGGGCUAGUGUUCUGGUUAGAUUCAGUGCUAUGAUUAGUAGAUGGCAAGUAGGUGGUUGGGAGCAUUUUUCUUACUCUAUUGUUAUUUUAUUAGUGCAUUAAGAACAAUUUAAGCUUGGUAAAAAAACUGGUUCCUUAUAUUUUUUGCUGCCCUUGCAUUCUCUCAAUGUUACUCCUGUCAAUCUACAUAAAAAUCAAAUUUCUACAUCAGAACCUGUCUGUCUAGACCUAAGGGUCCAACAUUCACUUCCAUAUGUUAAGCUUGUUUUUACAGGUCAUAUGGGAUUUGUAGGGGACAGGGUGGCACUAGGUCAUGUUCUACUCUGUGUUUCUAUACCUGAUUCAUGUACAUUCACAUAUUUGGGGGAUGAAUGAUAGGGUCAGUUAGCAGCCACAAUUCUAGAUAGUCUCAUUAAAAGGAAAAUGUUUUGUUUUUUUAGAAAUCUCAGUUUGACUCCUAAAAUUUGAGCAUUAAAGAAACUUGUUGCAUGUCUGGAAGCUGGUUGAUAUCCCAGCUGGGACACUUCUUAGAGGUGGUUAGUGUCAACAUCUCAUGAUAAACUGGAGUCUCUGUAGCUUCUUAUCUUCUUUGUCUGGUCCAGAAUCACUGUAAUGUACAGUGUGUGUUGGAAAACUAGAACUAAUUAGGAACUGCUCACUGUAUAUGCACAGGAAUGGAAUAUAUUAAUAUCAACA